AUGUUUAUUUUCGGCUUAAUAAGUGGAAUAUUAUCAAUAUUAACAUUUCAUAUGAAAAAAACCCGAGAUGUUGGUUGUGGAUUUUAUUUAUUUAUUUCUUCAUGGAAUUCAAUGUUAAUAUUAAUUAUAUUAAUAAUUAAAUUUUGGCAAUUAAUUUUAUCCCAAAUGUUUAUUUUAAAUAAUCGAUCAAUAUUAUAUGUGAAUUGUUUAAUAUUAGAUGUGAUUAUUCAAGUAUGUUUAACAUUUAAUGAUUAUCUUUAUGGAUGUGUUUCAAUUGAACGUGUUAUUACAGUACAUAAAGGAAUAAAUUUUAAUAAAAUUCAAAGUAAACGAAUAGCUAAAUGGAUAAGUUUAUGUAUUUUUAUUUUAAUAAUGUUAACACAUGUUCAUGAUCCAAUUCAUCGUCAUUUAAUUGAUGAUAUUGAUAUAGAUGAACAACGUAUAUGGUGUGUUGUUCAAUAUUCUUCAUCAAUUCAUAUUUCUAAUUCAUUUAUAACACUUUUUCAUUUUCUUCUUCCAUUAUUAAUAAAUAUUAUUAUUUCAAUAUCACGUUCACGUUUAACUAUUCAACCACGAUUAACAUUUAAAGAACAUUUACAAUUACAAUUAAAAAAACAUAAAUCUCAUCUUAUUGCUUUAUGUACUUUAGUAUUUUUAGCUUUAUCACGUUUAAUAAUAUCAUUUAUAAGUGGAUGUAUGAAAUCACCAUAUCAUUCUUGGCUUUUUCUUUCGAGUUAUUUAUUUGCAUUUUUACCAUCGAUGAUAACAUUUAUUAUAUUUGUAUUACCAUCGAAAAUGUACAAAAAGGAAUUUAAUACUGUUCUUGAUCAAACAAUUCGAAGACUUCGUACGACAUAUCGACGAUAA